AUGUACAGCAGAGCUUACUUACUGCUGGAAAGAGACUUCCAGGAGCUGAAGGAGAACAACUUUAAGGGUAUUACUGCCUUUCCUAUAUGUGAAGAUCUAAUGGAAUGGGGAGCCGAUAUUGAAGGUCUACAGAAUACAUUUUGGCAUGGAUUAUUCUUCCAACUGACAAUAAACUUUACAUCACAGUACAAUUGUGUGCCUCCUGUUGUGAAAUUCCUAACAAUUCCUUUUCAUCCAAAUGUAGACCAAAAUACUGGUCGGGCCUGUAUAGAUUUUUUGGACGACCCCAAUAAGUGGAAUACAAGCUAUACUUUGAGCAGCAUCUUACUAACCCUCCAGGUUAUGCUUUCUAAUCCAGUGCUAGAAAAUCCAGUGAAUUUGGAAGCAGCCCAAAUGCUGAUUAAAGAUGAAUCUCUGUAUAAACAAGUAGUUCUAAGACUUUUCAACCAACCAUCACAAUUGAGAGAUAAUGGCCCUGAGUUUCCUAAAGAUCCAGAUAAAGUUAUCAGAUCAAUUAAAGAAAUCUCAUUUAAUGAUUACUACAAGACAUGGUCUACAAUAGCCACAUCAAAAGCCACAGAACACUAUAGAAGUUCAUUGCUUGAAGAUCCAGAUUUUAUUGUAGAGUAUUAUAAAUGGAAGAAAGCUGAAUUAAAACAUCCUAAAGAAUGGAAUUUAAAGUAA